AUGGAGUUCUACACCCGCCCCUCACACCAACUGUACACCGCACCACAAUCUCACUUCAUGUACUUAGACAUGGACUCAGAACCCCCUCGUUGGAGCGUCGCGACAUCGUCCGAGCGCUCCACCCUGGACAACCCCCCAGCACCCACCCCCGCCUCCGCCGAGCGAUACGAUCCCCUUGGCAUGCUCCAAGUGAGCGAAGCCGAGACUGCUAGGGUAGCGAUGGUGGCCCAGCACCCACCAAAAGAGUUCCCGUACCUAGUGCGGCCUGGGGUUAUGAGCGACGGGCGGUGGACUUCUAACCACCCUGACGUCCUGGCUUACAUGGAGAACCCAGUAGAGGGGCUACCAGAGUCACCGGUUGGCUUUCACGCCAUGCUACACGUCCUGGCCGCCCUCCACAUCCUUACAUGGCCCAACCACCCCAUGUGGUCGUGGUUUUGGCCAAGGAAUUCUUGGGCACAGGUGGCCGACUUCAUCUUCGCUUUCAUGGAGGCCUCCCCGUCGGCGAUCAUGUACCCCUACGCACAUGCAUGCAGGGAAACCCUGGUUAGAUCUGUGUACCAAAAUUGGAAGGGGAUCCAUGCGCACGCGGACAGGCGAGCUGGGGUGGAAGAAGAUACGUUAGAUGCUCACUGGAAGGCGGUGUGCAAGAGGAGCAGCUUGAUGGAUCCUCAAAAGUGGCCCAGCGUACUGUUGAGAGGCGUCGCACUGCCCACAGCCAAGAAGACGACGCGAAGGCCCCCUCCCCCUGCUCGGACAACGACACGGCGGCCCACGCCCGCUAUCAACAAGGACAUGCAACCCACACGGACUAGUGCUCGUGUGGCUGAGAGAUUGCGGGCGAGCCUCGAGAAGUCCGUGCCACCGACGCCGGCUGAAGCUGGCCCAUCGGAAACGGGCACUCGCGAGGCCAAUAAGCCCCUGCGACCGUCUCCCCUCGCCAACUCUCCCGCCGAGGCCGACGACAUCCCCGCCGCAGGGCCGCAAGAGCCCGUCCAGCCCAAAUCCGUCUCCACUCGUGCGCGCAGCCAACGCGCGAAGAAGCAGUCGGCGAACGCAGCCACGGGUGCCGUGGUGCCUACUCGGACAUCCGCCCGCCUCGUGCCAAGGGAGCGCUCCGCCUCCACCUCCUCAUCCACCGCCGUCGCCUCUGGUGCAGAACCUCGUGGGCGCUCAUCUUCCUCAUCCUCCACCGCCAUCGACGCGCCCGCGGAUGUAAAGGGCAAAGGCAAGGCGAAGGAUGUUAUCGCGGAUGAGGAUGUGGAGAUGGCCGUCGCAGAAGCGCCCAAGCCUGUGGAGGUUACGCAGCUCGCCCCGCAGAAGCGCGCGACGAGGGCGCAAACGCGGGCAACCCGCGUGGCUACGGUGGAGCCCGUCGCGAAGCCGGAGCCUGAGGUCGAGGAGAAGACGACCAAGGGCUCCAAGCGCAAGAGGGCGGCCGAUCUGCCAGCGGAUGCCGAGCAGGAGGAGACAGCGCCUGAGCCUCCAAAAAAGCGCAGCCGACCGACCAAGGCGCGCAAUGUGCGACGGCGAUGA